GAAAAGGCAAAUGGCCGCCGUGGGGCUCGAAAGCGUUAACGAGUUCCUGGUAGUGUCUUUUGAGUGCGCGACUUUCGGUUCGGUAUGUAAGAGAAACGCGAUAAUCUCCUCGAGAAAGAGAAGUGGAUUAGAUUCGGGUGUGGCGUGAUGUAAGGGCACGUGGGUUCAUGUCCUUGGUCCAUUGGUGUUGCCGUGGUAGGCGAUGAGCCUCAAGAAGUGCACUACGGUGAUGAAAUCAGUGUCAGAAGGAGAGCUGGGCGUGGAAGAGGUUAAACCUUUGAAGGAAAUUAUAAGUAUAGCGAAAACGGCGGUUACAGGGUCCACCAACUUCACUACGACUACGACGACAAACAUUCAGGAUUGCCCUAAGCUUAAGCGUACCUUUACCUUACCGAAAAAUCCUUUUCAAAGUGCUACAACGAGAAUGUCACGUCGGCGUCCUAAGCAUCGUGACUCAAAGGAGUCUACUAGAAAUAAUGCACAGGCUGUCGAACAGAACCUCAGUCAGGAUACACAAGGGAACCAGGGUACUGGUAGAUUGAAUACAAAUGGCUAUCAAGACAGGACUGCUAAUAAAAAAGUGUUUAGAAGACCAUCCUGGAAGAAGUUUAUCAAUAAAAUGGUACAGCACAUGUCUAGCGUUGGAGUGCAAAAUCAUAAGACAGUCAGGGAUGAUCAUCUGGGAUCUAGUGCAAAUGAUAUUAGAGUACCUCCACCUAGACCUGCUCAUAUCCCACCAGAUAGAGUCCCAGGUGUUAUUGGAUUAAGAAAUCAUGGCAACACAUGUUUCAUGAAUGCUGUACUACAGUGUCUAUCACAUACAGACAUAUUAGCUGAAUAUUUUGUACUGGAUCAGUACAAGGUGGACCUUUCCAGGAGGAACAAGCUCAACUCCAAGAAGUAUGGUACCAAAGGAGAGAUUACAGAACAGCUUGCACUGUUACUCAAGGCAAUUUGGAGCUGUCAAUAUGAUCCUGAGAUGAGCACAGCAUUCAAGAGUGUCGUAGACAAAUACGGUAGUCAGUAUAGAGGCAAUCUACAACAUGAUGCACAGGAGUUUCUACUGUGGCUUUUGGAUAAGGUGCACGAGGACCUUAAUCAGGCAACGAAGAAAAAAUAUAAAAUUAUUAAGAACUCAUUUGGCAGACCUGAUGACAUCGUCGCCGCGGAGACCCUGGCUAAUCACGUCAGGUGCAACAAUUCCUUUGUCCACGCGGUCUUCCAGGCGCAGUUCAGAUCAAGCUUGACCUGCCCCAGAUGUCACAGACAAUCGAAUACCUUCGAUCCCUUCCUGUGUGUCUCCGUACCGGUACCGCAGCAUCAUAGACAGAUCAAUCUAUUUGUAAACGUUCUGUACACGUCGCAGCAGCCACGUCAGGUGAGGAUUGGCGUGAGCGUCAAUCAGGCCGCCAACGUGAAGGAACUCCGCGAGAUCCUAGCCAGUGACACCGGUAUCGAGGAAAAUCACAUGCUCCUUACUGAAGUUCAUGACGAAGGUUUUCACAGAACCUUCUCCGACUGCCAGCCUCUCUCGGUUAUUACUGAAAACGAUCCUCUUUACUGCAUAGAACUGCCACAACUCAAAGAACCCACCGAGCAAGCCUACAUACUUCUCGUAUGGAUUAAUGUCCUGGUUAAGGGCGAACUCAGGGAACGCUUUGGUAGUCCUUACACGAUGCAGGUGUCGCGUGAAACCUCCUACGAGGAUCUACAGAAGCUCUUACUAAAGGAAAUGCACACGACUCUUGCGGAUGACGUCUUGACCUCAAGUCAGAGUCCUGGAUUGUUCAUUAUUCGCGUAGCUGAUCCUGCAGCGACUCCUGCUCAGGAUGAGCAUCCAUGCAUCGAUCCCUGCGUUGAGCAUCCUCUGUACACUGAACAGAUAGAGCAAGCUCUGGCACUCUGUGCUGAUGAUUCCGGGCCGCAACACGUUAAGCUUAUCCUGGAAUGGGACGAAGCCACCAAGGCUAGUAUCAUCCAGGAUGACAGCGAUCAAAUAGAGGAACACGCAAGUGUCAAACAGCUUAAAACGAAUUCUGAACUGAGCGGAUCCGUCACCCUGGAAGAGUGUUUUGAUCUUUACACCAGAGCGGAGAUCCUUGGCGCUGAGGACGCCUGGCACUGUCCUUACUGUAACAGGAAACAGGAAGUUGUCAAGAAGCUUGGACUCUGGUCACUUCCGGAUAUUCUUGUUAUCCACCUUAAGAGAUUCCGGCAGCAGUCCAAACAGAGAUCCACGUCAAAACUCACCACCCUGGUGGACUUUCCGCUCUAUGGAUUUGAUAUGACACCACACCUGGCGCACAGUAGUGUACAAACGCACAACAACAUGGCUACUUUAGGUGGGUUAGGGUGGUCACCCUGGAAGAAACCGCGACCACGCCAGCAGAAUAUACCGAAAUACGAUGAGAACGUUUACGACCUGUACGCCAUAUGCAAUCAUCAUGGACAAGAUCUCCAGGGUGGACAUUAUACUGCAUUCUGUAGAAAUCCUUACGACACCCAAUGGUAUUGCUUCGAUGAUACUCGUGUAGAAGCCGUCACGGACACUAAUCUUAUUACAAACGCGGCUUAUAUGCUCUUCUAUCAACGCAGAGGACUGACAAAUAACUCCACCGGAAAUUCAUCAGCGGCGUCAACGAGUUCUGCGGGUUCCGGAUUGGAUCACUGGGUCUCGAGGAUGCCACCGUUUUAUUUCAAUAAUAAAAACAACAUUAACGCGACCAACAACAAACAGAGCAAGUCUCAAGAGGUUCUAUGCCAGGACAAGAUCGUCGAGGAGAAGAAUCUUAAUAACUUCAAUCGUGGAUGCCGCAACUACGCUACGCUUCAGCCUAACAAGAGGAACGUAGCCACGGAAACGGAAACUGGAGAAAUAGAUCAUUACUCCGACGACGAGGCGCCAUCUCGAAGAGAAUGGGCAUCACCAAAACCCGUGAGGAAGACAUCAUCCAUCACCCUGACACCACAUCAACCACCAGCAAUCAUUCACAAUUCAAGUAGUGAUCCCGACACUGCCGUAAUCCACGAGUCGACAUUGUAACACACAAUUUAAGCCGGAUUGAAAAUCCGGCUUGAGCACCAGAUCCUUUAUAUUAGAGUGCCUCCGACAAAGAUCCUGAACAUCCUGGCCGUUAAUCGAGAAAACAAUCUCCACCGUUAGCUAUACCGAUUCUCAAGAGAGAAAAAAAGUGAAACUGUAAGGUUAGUCUUCUCGGGCACCAGGAUGCAGUUCAGGAUGUUAAAAGUCGACGAGAACAAUAAUGGGUCUCAAAGAACAAUGCGUUUUCGUUUCGCAGAUCAGAAUUUACAAGCGUUUUUGAAAAAAAGGCAAAGAUCGUGAGGUGCCUGUCAUUUUAAAACUAAACCUCGGUGACAUAACCUCAAAAGCUAGCGACUUCUUCGUACUUGUGUAUAUUCCUGUUUCUACAGUGAUCGUACUCGUAAGACUCCCACAGGAAUAAAGGAAGCAGGAGAGUUCACUCAUAUCUCCUACCAUUUAGUUAGGAGUUACACGGUUUUGUUACGAGCCAAUUAAUUGCAGAUGACGUGUUGUCCAAGCGAGAUGAAGACGUCGGUUUCACUCAUUCAGUUAAAACGAAAAACGGGAUAUUAUGUUAAUCAUGCGAAUCUCAUUAUUAGUGAAAAUUAUAUUAAAAUCGCUGCUUAAAUCGUCAAUCUGCGCUUGAUUGGCUCGGCGUAACGAACAUUUGUAGAUGUAAUAUUUAUAUCGUAUUUGUAUCACCCACUAGUGGCCUUAUCUCAAUAAUUAAUACUGAUACAUCAAUAUUCAUCCUGAUACAAUGUCGUAUGUAUACUAAUUAACUUGGAGCAUUUUAAUACAGUGUACCAUUUAUUCGGGAUAUUGCCGAUGUGUUUGAAUAGUGCAUGUGCGAUGCGUGAGAAUAGUCACUGUUUUUUUUCAGUGACUUACAGAGAUGCUUUAACUGCAUAUGUCAUUAGAUCUGUACUCAUAAACUCUUUUCGUAACUUUUCGGUUCCAAGGGAGAGAAAGUAACAAAAGACUUUGCAGAUAAUAGAUAAUCCCACUAUAUACUUCCAUGUAAGAAAAAUUAAUAGUAUUGUUCGUCCGUUCUUCCACUUUUUAAAACGAGACAAAAAUCACCAUCAUCAUCUUAGAUUCUUCGUCGAUUUUCAUUUUUUCAUUAGCUUCGGCCACUUUGUCGACAUGACUAUUCUCACGUGAUUACAAUGAAUGGCUCAGUGAUUGAAUCUUUUAAUGAAUUUUCUUUUUCAUAUUAUAUUGCGUAGCAUAUUAUAUUCUCCCAGUUUUAAAUUGAAUCAUUCCAGACGGGCGGGAAUAGCGAGAGAGAGAGAGAGAGAGAGCUUGUGAAGUUUAAAAAAUAAAAUGGAGCGCGAACGUGACGAAAGAAAGACGCGUGAUGAGAGUAUGAUAGAGAUUUAUAUAUAUAUUAUAUUUACGUAUGACGAGGGCGAGCAAGAGAAUAUUUAAGUUAUUUUAAAAGUAACAUUUAUUACUAGUCACACACAUCGUGGACAGGGAGACUUUGAAAAAACAGCCAGCAAGUGAAAAGAAAACGAGAAAGAAAAAUUAAAUUACAUUAGAGUACGAAGGUAAUGGGAAUGAAGAAUAGGAAAAUGUAUACCGAUAUAUGAGAGUGAAAGAUAGAAAAGAGGAUAAACGUGAGAAAAACCAGGCCAAUUCACUACCUACCAUCUAACCAUAAUUGAAUUCUUUAUUAUAGCUGAUCUACCUGCGCUAAUCGACUGAAGGAUAUCAUUGAUUAUUAUUAACAUUACUAUUAGUUCACCCUGCUAUCGUUUUGUUGAAUAAAUAGAGGAUGUAUAUAGAA